UGUAACUCAAGGCAAUUCAAGGUGUGGUGGGGUUGGUGAAUGGUGGAAAUCGAACCGACAAACGUUUACGUAAACACGUACGCCUCGUGCACGGUAAAGAAGAUCCGAAAUGCGCUCAGCAUCAUCAUCCUGAACCUGUUUGGUUGCCGUUUGUUUACAGCCGUAGCGGAGGCUGCACCAUAACGGACUCACAGAAGGCUACCGGUCCUCCGUCGCGUGCUAGAGACUAGCAAGUGGUUCCAAGUGCUGUGAAAAGACUGGCAGUAGUAGUGAAUGUCCGAAAAAGGAGUAAAAGAACAUCUAUUUAUAGCAUUCGCACAUGGUGUGCGCCCGCUGGCACGGUGGCGCGGCGCGGUAUGAGUUGUUUUUGUUUUUUCGAAGCCGCAUACGUAACACGUAACCGUGCAGAGGGUAAAGAGAUACCACACGCGAAUUUGUUCGUUCUAGUGCUGAUGACGACGGUCGGACUUGAAAUCGGUGGCCCAAAGUAGUCGCCGUCGUCGCCAGCGCCGUUCCUGUUCCCGGUUGGACGUUCCUAGAGGAUUUCUAGGCGUCGUGUCGCGCCCGCAAACACACGACGAUCUUCCUCGCAUUCCUCGGUCCUCUCGGUGCGUGUACUUCAAAGAACGGCCGCAAAGUGCGACUUUGUUGCGUGAAGCGAGUGAAUGUACUUGUGUCGCCGUUGUCACACCUUCCCAAAAUACCCGUGCCAAGUGUGUGGCCUUCAGCGUUCGUUGAGUAGUUUGUCAUCGUUCCGAGCUUCGAGACGCUUGAUAACGUAACGAACGGUACAGCCGGCGUAUCUUCUUGUAGCAAAAGGCGGAAGUACACCUAGAAGGCCAAAGCGAAGAAGGUUCGGAUCGAACGACGGUUUGUGGAUCGCCGGCAGGGAAUGGAACGAUCAGCUGUGGUGAUCGGUUGCCGUUGUUGUUGCUACCGCAGCCGUUGCGCUGGUGUGGCGUCUUUACGGCCGUGUCACGGCGUUCGUGCAAGCACUCUGUUCUAACCGAUUCACGCCGCGUUCCUCAGUGUCUAAAGAGGAAAAGUUAAGGGGAAAAUCGAAUCGAAGCUCACUAGAAAGUGCCAUCAUCCUCAUCGGUGUUGUUGCUCGAUGGUGAUAUAACACGCUCAGCAGGGCUGUGCGCAAUUUGGCCCCAACAAAAAACGGUGUGUGCUGUUCGUGCGUGCAUUCCAGCACGUGCUCCAUUCCUAUGAGAGCGGUUCCUAUGUAUUCCGAGCUAGCGGCAUACUGCCAUUCCUGUACCUUUGGCAUCCACCAGAAGCAGCAGAGAGCGAGCUGAAACGAAUGCCAGCAGCGAAAGUGUUAUUGUGAUCCGAGUGAGCCGUGUCUGUAGGACUCUACACGCUCUUGGGGCCAAGCGCAAAUUCACCCUAGCAGGCAGCUAUGGAUCGCGAAAAGAAUGAGGCGUCUUCCAACUCGGGCAUAGCAGGCGGUGCAGCCGGAUGCAUCACGCGCUUCAUCUGCCAGCCGCUCGAUGUGCUAAAGAUCCGGUUCCAGUUGCAGGUGGAACCGCUCAGCGAGGAGCACAUGACCUCCAAGUACCGCACGAUCGCCCAAUCGACCCGGCUUGUGUACCGCGAGGAGGGAUUGCGUGCCUUCUGGAAGGGCCACAACCCCGCCCAGGUGCUGUCAAUCAUCUACGGUGUGGCACAGUUCUCAUCGUACGAGCGCUUUAACCACGUGCUGCGCACAAUCGACACGUUCGAGCGGCACCACAACGCGCGCAACUUUAUCUGUGGGGCCACGAGCGGCACCGUGGCGACGGUGAUAACACUGCCCCUCGACGUCGUACGUACGCGACUGAUUUCGCAAGACCCAGGUCGCGGUUACCGUAGUUCAGUGCAGGGCUUGAAGCUGAUCUACUUGCACGAGGGUGUGCGCGGUCUUUACCGAGGGCUUGGUCCUAGCGUGCUACAGAUCGCUCCGCUGACCGGGGGCCAGUUCAUGUUCUACAACAUCUUCGGCAGCAUGUUCCGACAGUAUUUCAACAUCAGCACCAGUGAGACACUACCAGCCAUCGAACUGUUCAUCUGUGGUGGACUGGCUGGCAUCUGCACCAAGCUGCUCGUCUAUCCGCUCGAUCUGGCCAAGAAGCGGCUGCAAAUCCAAGGGUUCGCAAAAAGCCGCCAAACUUACGGGCGGCACUUUGUGUGUGAUAACAUGUUCCACUGUCUCUACAGUAUCGCGCGGCAGGAGGGGCUGAUCGGACUGUACAAGGGUCUCUAUCCGGCGCUGCUGAAGGCAUGCUUCAUGUCCGCCUUCUACUUCGCCAUCUACGACGAAAUGGUGCUCAUUCUGAACCACUGAUAGUAGUGGACCAGACCCUCCUGAAUCCCCGUCCUCGUUCCCCUGCCCGUGUAAACCUUUUCUUAGCAUCCUCCGACCUCGAAUAACGAGCACUCGUGCGAAAUGCCUUGCGAAAAUCGCAUAAACCUUCAUCAGUACACGGUAGCCCCUCCUUAUUUGGGUUUCCCUAUCAACAAAGGAGAGGACAGAAUUGUAGCAUGUAAGAGCAAUAGAGCCUAAAUACACACCGGAUCGUCGUCAGGGUAGUAGACGUGAACUAGACUGUUCCCAUGGCACCGCUGCCUUUGUGCCUGGUAGCUUCUUGUACUUAAUGUUUCCGUUAAAAUCCGCUAGAAUAGCCCAUACGCAAAUUGGUGUACUGCGGUUCAUUCAUCCAAGUAACUUUAGGCGAGUUUUGAAACUUCGCCAACUAAAAGUAAAGCACGAAAACGAACGAAUUAGUGUGCCGAAGCGAGCGACAUUAACUCUCAGGAAGUUUGUAUAAUUUACCGAUAAGAGUCUUGACGGAAGCGUCAUCUUAAUAAGAUUAAUAUUUGAGUGCUGCUUCUUCAAGGUGUUCUCAACCAAACAAAACAGGGUUUGCUACUUCUGGUACAAUAAGUCACCUCGCGCGUGAGAGCAUAGUAAAGCGGCAAACUAAGCAUCAAGUGCACCAAUGGUUACUUUAAGUUCCUUCCUUAUUUUAUGUCACCCGAAUCAUACGUAGGUUACCGCGAUGCGGUGAAAGAAGCACAAAGCAGCAUCGAGGAAGACAUAGCAAUAAGAUAACGCAAAGUUGCGAAACGUUCGAUAUGCACAUCCGCACAGUAGACAGCGCACCCCAGGAUCCAGUGAAAAAGAAAAUGCUUCAAUAUGCUCCGUGUGCUUAUUGCUCAAAAUUAUUGCUGUUUUGCUUUUGCAUAUCCGCGGCGACACCGAUCACAGCACAGCGUGAGCAUCUCAUGACAAAAUGUUCCAGGGAAGGUACAUCUCACUUAAAAACGUCCCCACCAAACGUUGACCGGAUUGCCGCAGAAGAUGAAAUUGUUAAAAAACUAAACAGGAAGAAAGGCAGAAAAUACGCAAACAGCACUGAUGUGAUUGCUUAGAGAAAUAUGUAUGACGAAAGUGGUAGAACUAUGGAAUAAUGUACACAUUCAUUCUACAUGCAUACACGCCCAUGGUACGCAGCGACAAUAAACCGAGAACUAAUGCGAAGAUUGUGAAAUUGUUGGACUCCGAAGAGGGUAUAUAAAAGUGUCGAUCAGUGAGCUAUCAGUAUGUGAAUGUCUAGAAGAGAAAUGUCAAUUAGGCAACGGUGACUGUUGGUUCUAAUAAUGUUCCGAAUAAACUAUGUAUCAUAUCUUCAACCAAUUAUUAGUACCGUGUGCUGCUUUC